AUGCUUUCUCGAAGUUUCACAACGGGACUUCGCAUUCCACACUUUCUACUCGUUGGACUUAUAUGGACGUGCAACAUCUUGCUGGCUGGGCUGAUUUGCUCUCUCAUCUACUAUUCAGCCUGGGCCUAUCUGCUGAUAGGUCUGGUCAGAGGCCUGGCCUACCCCGACCCUCCACAGGAUCUGGUCGCUUUCAUCACUCGCCUCUUUGACUGCUGCCUCCAUAGACCUGGCCUCGUUUUGACUGCGCUCUUUCUGGUCUGGCACACGAUUCAUCUCCAACGGACUUGGGGACUAGAGGAACGAGGUGGCAUGGCCUCGACAAUACUCCAACGUCUGCCCAAUUGGGUUAUUUUGGCCAAAUAUUUUCCAAUUCGCCUCGUGGCCAGCGAUGAGCUUCUGGCAAUCAGUGCCACCAAACCCCGGCCUGGUCAUGGGGAACGAGCCGUUUUGCUGCCCAACGACAGAAAUUACCUGGUCGGGUGCCAUCCACAUGGAAUUUUGGCUACAGGAUCGUUCAUCAACUUUGCCACAGAUGCAACUGAUUUUGACAGCAUGUUUCCCGGUCUGAGUCGACAUGUUGUUACUUUAAAGUUUAACCUCUCCGUGAUGCUUCAACGCGAGUACUUACUUGGACUUGGUAAGAAUAUUUGCAGGACUUUUAUAGCCAGUGCCACUGAUUAG